GUAAGAAUUUCAAAAAUUCUUCUCGAAUAUUUGUAUUUGAUUUCUGUGAAAUAAUGCAAAGUUUGACGACGGCUUCGAUGCGAGAUGCGACGAGUAAGAGUACGAUGAUUACUGUAGACACUGGCGAUGGUAGCGAGAAGGGAAGGAAGACUAUUGCCUGGAGUGGGCUGGUGGCGACGGUUCCGCAAGCCGGUGGUGGCAGGAAGGAGGUGAUCAGGAAUGUUAGCGGUGUCGCGGAGCCCGGCGAAGUUCUCGCCUUGAUGGGAGGGAGUGGUGCCGGUAAGACGACUCUGAUGAAUAUCCUGGCCCAUUUGGAUACUAACGGAGUUGAGUACCUCGGCGACGUCACUGUCAAUGGCAAGAAGAUCACCAAGCAGAAAAUGCGGCAAAUGUGCGCCUACGUUCAGCAGGUUGACCUGUUCUGUGGAACCUUGACGGUCCGGGAGCAGCUGACUUAUACGGCUCACAUGAGAAUGAAGAACGCGACAGUGCAGCAGAAGAUGGAGAGAGUGGAGAAUGUGCUGAGGGAUAUGAACCUGACUGAUUGUCAGAAUACCUUGAUUGGCAUUCCGAACCGUAUGAAAGGGAUUUCCAUCGGAGAGAAGAAGCGUCUGGCGUUUGCUUGCGAGAUCCUCACCGACCCGAAGAUCCUGUUCUGCGACGAGCCCACCUCUGGACUCGACGCCUUCAUGGCCUCCGAAGUUGUGCGCGCCCUGCUCGACCUGGCUAACAAGGGAAAAACGAUCAUCGUCGUGCUCCAUCAACCGUCGAGUACCGUGUUCCGCAUGUUCCACAAAGUUUGCUUCAUGGCCACCGGGAAGACGGUCUACCAUGGCGCCGUAGAUCGACUGUGUCCGUUUUUCGAUAAGCUUGGGCCAGAUUUCCGUGUCCCCGAAAGCUAUAAUCCCGCGGAUUUUGUGAUGUCGGAGAUUUCGAUCAGUCCGGAGACCGAGCAGGAGGAUGUCACGAGAAUUGAGUACCUGAUCCACGAAUAUCAGAACAGUGACAUCGGUACCCAGAUGCUCAAGAAGACAAGAACAGCCGUGGACGAAUUUGGAGGAUAUGGUGACGAUGAAGAUGAUGGGGAGAGCCGCUACAACUCCACCUUCGGCACCCAGUUUGAGAUCCUGCUCAAGCGAUCACUGAGAACAACGUUCCGUGAUCCACUGCUGCUUCGUGUUAGAUUUGCGCAGAUCUUGGCCACCGCAAUCCUGGUUGGAAUUGUGAAUUGGCGCGUCGAGCUGAAAGGCCCCACGAUUCAAAAUUUGGAGGGUGUCAUGUACAAUUGUGCUCGCGACAUGACUUUUUUGUUCUACUUCCCGUCGGUCAAUGUGAUCACCUCAGAGCUCCCGGUCUUCCUUCGCGAGCACAAGUCGAACAUUUACUCUGUGGAAGCUUAUUUCCUUGCAAAAAGCCUUGCUGAACUCCCCCAAUAUACGAUUCUCCCGAUGAUCUAUGGCACGAUUAUAUACUGGAUGGCCGGACUGGUUGCCUCGGUGACCAGCUUCUUGGUUUUUGUAUUCGUUUGUAUCACGCUGACCUGGGUCGCUGUGUCGAUUGCCUACGUUGGAGCUUGCAUCUUUGGUGACGAAGGACUCGUGGUGACUUUCAUGCCGAUGUUCGUGCUUCCGAUGCUCGUCUUUGGAGGAUUCUACGUAAACGCCAACUCAAUUCCUGUCUACUACCAAUACGUUUCCUUCGUCUCCUGGUUCAAGCACGGAUUCGAAGCUCUCGAAGCCAACCAGUGGAAGGAGAUUGAUAAGAUUUCUGGCUGCGACCUAAUCAAUCCAUUGAAUGCGACAACAACUGGCUACUGCCCAGCAUCCGAUGGUCCUGGCAUUUUGACACGUCGUGGAAUUGAUACUCCGUUGUAUGCGAAUGUUCUGAUUCUCUUCAUGUCCUUCUUCGUCUAUCGCAUCAUUGGGCUCGUCGCUUUGAAGAUUCGUGUCAGAUUUGCCAAGUGAACUUGAGGUUUUUGAAAAUGAAUGUGGUUUUAAAGAAU